UGUCUGAACGCCAGGAGAGGGCACCAGAUCUCAUUAUAGAUGGCUGUGAGCUAUCAUGUGGAUGCUGGGAAUUGAACUCAGGACCUCUGGAAGAGCAGCCAGUGCUCUUAACCUCGGAGCCAUCUCUCCAGCCCUCCAUUUUCUAUAAGAGACUUGAACAUCUAUGAAUUUGGGUUGGUGUCUGUGGGGAGUCCUGCAGCCAUUCUUCCUCAGAUAUUGAGGGUCACCUACAUCAAUGAAGACAGUUUUCCAAGUGUGAAAGAACCUAAAACUGGGUCUGGUGGUGAAUAUCUGGAAUCCCAGCUAUUUCUGGAGGCUGAAACAGGAGAACUGAAAGUUCAAGGCCUGCUAGCAGUUUAAGAUUCGGCUUGAAAAGUAAAAAACAAAGCAAAACAAAAGUCUGGGAAUAUAAUAUAGCUCAGUGGUAGAGCACUGGCUGGGCCUGUGUGAGAAAUUGGGGUCAAUUCCCUGUACCACCAAGAAGGAAGUUGUCUUAGUCAUUGUCCUGUUGCUGUGAAGACCAAGGCAACUCUUAUUUUAAAAAGCAUUUAAAUUGGGCAUGGUGGCACAUGGCUUUAAUCCCAGCACUCAGGAGGCAGAACCAGGUGGAUCUCUGUGAGUUCGAGGCCAGCCUGGUCUACAGUGUGAGUUCUAGGACAUCCAAGGAUACACAAAGAAGCUUUGUCUCAAAAAAACAAGACAAAACGAAAGGCAUUUAAUUAGGGGCUUGCUUACAGUUAUUAGUUCAUUAUUGUAGUGGCCUGCGCAUGGCAGCACUCAUGGCUAUGGAGCAGUAGCUGAGAACUACAUCCUGAUCUGCAGUCAGAGAGAAGGGAGGAAGGGAGACAGACAGACACACAUUGGACCUGGCGUGAGCUUUUGAAACCUCAAAGCCCACACCCAGUGACAUACUUCCUCCAACAAGGCCUCAAGUCCUAAUCCUUCUAAUCUUUUUGAACAGUGCCACUCCCUGAUGAUCAAGCAUUCAAAUCUAUGAGCCUGUGGAGGCCAUUCUUAUUCAAACGACCACAGAAAUGUAAGGAAAAAAUGCCAUUUUCAAACUGGCAAAGGGAAAUAAAAAAAUAGAAACUCAGUUUGACUUUAAUGGCGAGAGCAGGCUUUUAUGGGUCUGAGAGUGGUGUAGUGAGAUCCAGCAGCACAUGCAGGAGAACGUGCUGUGUUCUUAUAGUGGAGAGUGGGAGGGGAGAGAGGAUGGCUUCACCAGACUCAAACUAUUCUUCAGGAGAAACUGGUUUUUGAAACAGCAGGGUGGGAGAUAAAUCAAAUCACCUGUUUUUGCAACCUUUGGGCUCCUUGGUGUAUGGUGGGGGUUAGCUGCUUUCAGGGAAUCAGUGGAUGGCAUAUUUCCUGAAACCUUGGGUUUGUUUUAGGGUCCUGGUUCUGAGGGGAUUUUCCUUUACAAGGGAAGAAAGAGAAAGAUCUCACUUCUUUUCGUUUGUGAGGUAUUAGAAUACUGUAUUGUUUGUUUUCUUUUGAAACAGAAUGUCUCGGGCUGUUCAUUUUCCAAUCCCUUGUCCGGUGCAGCUUGGUACAUUAACAGAUGAUUCCUUGGAAGCUCAACUUCAUGAAUAUACCAAACAAGGGAAUUAUGUGAAAGUGAAGAAAAUUCUUAAGAAAGGAAUUUGUGUUGAUGCAGUUAACAGCCUGGGCCAGUCAGCGCUUUUUGUUGCAGCAUUAUUGGGCCAUAUGAAAUUAGUUGAUGUUCUGGUGGAUUAUGGAUCAGAUCCAAACCACCGAUGCUUUGAUGGGAGCACGCCUGUCCAUGCAGCAGCUUUUUCAGGCAACCAGUGGAUCCUCAGUAAACUGCUGAAUGCAGGGGGUGACCUGCGACUCCAUGAUGAGAAGGGCCGAAACCCCCAGGCCUGGGCUUUGGCAGCAGGGAAGGAUCGUAGCACUCAGAUGGUGGAGUUCAUGCAGCGCUGCACUUCACAUAUGAAGGCCAUCAUCCAGGGUUUCUCCUAUGACCUCCUGAAGAAGAUAGACUCCCCUCAGCGUCUCAUCUGCAGCCCACCCUGGUUUGGUAGCCUCAUCCAGGGGAGCCCAAAUAGUUCUCCUAACCGACAGCUCAAACCUGGAAUCAUUUCUGCCCAAAACAUCUACAGCUUUGGCUUUGGGAAGUUUUAUCUCACUCCAGGGAUGCAGCUCACUUAUCCAGGAUCUCUUCCAGUAAUUGGAGAAAAGGAAGUGAUUCAAGCUGAUGAUGAGCCUACCUUUUCUUUCUUCAGUGGCCCCUACAUGGUCAUGACCAACCUAGUGUGGAACAGGAGCCGAGUCACAGUGAAAGAACUGAACCUCCCUACCCGUCCUCACUGUAGCAGGCUGAGGUUGGCCGACUUGUUGAUAGCUGAGCAGGAGCACAGCAGCAACCUACGGCACCCCAACCUGCUGCAGCUGAUGGCUGUAUGUUUGUCCCAGGACCUCAAGAAAAUUCGCCUGGUUUACGAGCGUAUCACAGUCGGCACACUGUUUAGUGUCCUCCAUGAACGAAGGUCCCAGUUCCCAGUGUUGCACAUGGAAGUGAUUGUGCACUUACUGCUCCAGAUCGCUGAUGCCUUGAUAUACCUACAUUCCCGAGGCUUUGUCCAUCGCUCCCUUAGCUCCUACGCUGUCCACAUUGUCUCUGCAGGAGAGGCAAGGCUGACCAACCUGGAAUAUAUGAUGGAAAGCCAGGACGAUGGUGUACACAGGGACAUGACUCGAGUGCCCCUGCCCACCGAGCUCUACAACUGGGCUGCACCAGAAGUGAUCUUACAGAAGGCGGCCACUGUGAAGUCAGACAUCUACAGUUUUUCCAUGAUCAUCCAAGAGAUUUUAACAGACAACAUACCCUGGAAUGGCUUGGAUGGCUCGGUUAUUAAAGAAACCAUAGCCUUGGGAAGUUAUUUAGAAGCUGAUGUCAGGCUUCCGGAACCUUAUUAUGAUAUUGUUAAGUCAGGUAUCCACGCCAAGCAGAAAAAUCGAACAAUGAACCUACAAGAUAUUCGAUAUAUUCUGAAGAAUGACUUAAAGGAGUUUCUUGGAGCUCAGAAAACUCAGCCAACUGAGAGCCCCAGAAUGCAGAGCUAUGAAGCCCACCCUGAUGUUAAUCCCUGUCUAGGGCUAACUUCAGAAUAUCAAAAAGACACUCCAGACUUGGACAUCAAAGAGCUAAAGGAAAUGGGUAGUCAGCCCAAUUCACCAACAGAUCCCUCUGUUCCCACUGGAAAAACAACACUAACUCCUCGGGUCCUGGAUUCAAGUCUGUUAGUACAGGAACCUGAGAAUCCAAAUGUUCCUUCUCUUCCUGCUUCGUGUUUGGCAGAAGAGGUCAGGAGCCCCAUGGCAAGUCAGGCCAGCCUCUGCAGCUUUGAAAUCAAUGAAAUCUACUCAGGCUGCUUGGACUUGGGAACUGACAAAGAGGAAGAGUGUCCAGGGACUGCUUCAUCUCCUGAGGGGGAUAAGCCAAACCAGGUAGAUGAACUACCGUCCCUGGAAGAAGAGCUGGAUAAGAUGGAGAGAGAAUUGCAUUGUUUUUGUGAGGAGGAAAAGAGCUUUUCAGAAGUUGACACAGACCUUUCCUUUGAGGAUGGAGACUGGCAAAGUGAUUCCCUCAGUUCACUCAGCCUAUCUGAACCAACCAGAGAAGACAAAGGCAAAAUGAGCAGCUGGUCCAAGACUGACGAGCACGUCAGUAAGUGUGUGCUGAAUCUAAAGAUUUCACAGGUUAUGAUGCAACAGAAUGCUGAGUGGCUGAGGAAACUUGAGCAAGAAAUAGAUGAACUUGAGUUGGCACAGAAGGAGCUGGACAAUCAGUGCAGGAGUUUGCGGGAUGCUUCAUUAAGGUUUGCGAAUGCCAAGUUUCUGUUGGCUGUGGGCCCUCCAUCUUUGACUUACCUUCCUCCUCUUAUGCAGUUAUCAGAGCCCAGGCAGGCAGAAAACGGCCAUUAUUGGUCGGCCCUAGCAAGGUGUCCAGGAACCGAGAGAGACUUCCAAGAAGGACAUUUUGGCAAAAAUCCUGAGAAACUAAGUGACUGUGGCUGGAAGCCUUUCACACAAAUUUCUGAAGAAAGCAGCGGGGACCAGUCAGAGACAAACGAUCAGCUGCCAACUGUUUGUGGUCCUGGGAAGCAGAACACAGGUGAGCAGUUACCAUCCACCCAAGAAGCCAAGGAGAGUUUGGAAAGAAAUAGAAGCCAAAACAGUAGGAGGAUCAGUAUGGAAUCUGUGUCUUCUGAAAUCUAUAAUACAAAAUCAAGAAAUAAUGAAGAUGAUGGAGAGGCAUACUUAAAAUGGAAAAUGGCAGUAAAAGAAAUGGCAGAGAAAGCAGUUUCUGGACAGCUCCUAGUACCUCCUUGGAGUCCUCAGAGUAAUUUGCCUUUUGAGGAUAAGGUUGAAAAUGAGGCCACUCAUUUGCCACGGCCCCCAGUCAGAGGUCCUGAGAGUACAUAUUGGCAGCACAUUGUAGACUAUCAAAGGAAAAACGAUGAGCUGAGAGGAGAUACGAAGUUUGGCAAAAUGGACAGCAGUGACUGUGACAAGAACAAGCCUAGCAGACAGACAGGCCUUCAGAGCUUCACCAGUUUUAGAUAUCCAUUCUUCAGAAAACAUGAGCAGCCACAGCAUAGUGAAGUCUCUCAAGCAAGUUGUGACACAUCUGUGGGUACUGAGAAAUUUUACAGCACCUCAAGUCCCAUAGAAGAGGACUUUGAAAGAAUCCAAAGUUCUUUGGCUGAACCUCAAGAUUAUGUUGAAGAAAAGUUCCAAAUAAGAGAAAGCUUUGGAAAGAAUGCUGAGAAUUUGACUGAGCUUCAGUUCCAAGCUAUGCAAUGUGCUGAAGAUGAACAAGAAGAGGCAUUAGAGGAGACACGGAAGGAACCGGAAGAGAAAAUAUCACUGACAGACAUUCAGGACCUGUCCAGUAUCUCCUACGAACAAGAUGGCUGUUGUAAGGAGACCUCAUGCAAAACACCCAAAUUAAAACACGCACCUACUAGUGUCAGUACUCCGCUCAGCCCAGAGUCACUUUCUUCAGCUGCUAGUCACUAUGAAGACUGCCUCGAAAAUACGACAUUUCAAGUUAAAAGAGGAUCUACAUUUUGUUGGAAUGGUCAAGAAUCUAUGAGAACUUUCUCUGCCAAAUUUACCACUGUCCGAGAGAGAGCGAAGAGCCUGGAGUCUCUCCUUGCUUCUUCUAGGCCUCUGCCUGCAAAACUGACUGAUCCUAAAAAAUGGUCUGCGUACAGUGGGGUUGGUUCUUCUAAUAUUUCUGCAGCAUCUGUGACAUCAGCCCACACUACCCAGAGGAAGAGCCUACCCAGAGAACUAGUGGAAACCACCUCUCAGCAUCAUAUUGAUGAGCUUCCAUCACCAGCUCAGGAGCUACUUGAUGAAAUUGAGCAUCUGAAGCAGCAGCAGGUUUUAUCCGUGGUGUCACAUGAGAACACAGCACAUGAUCUGGGUGCCACUGAACAUGAUAAAAAGCAUUUGGAAGAACAAGAAACCAACAGUAGUAAAGAUAGCAGUUUUCUUUCCACCAAAGAAAUUCAAGAUCUGGAAGACACAGAGAGAGCUCAUUCUUCUCUUGAUGAGGACCUGGAAAGACUGCUGCAGUCACCUGAGGAGAACGUGGCACUGCUGGACCCCUCCAAGGGCUCUACAAGGGAGAAAAAAACCGAAGAUCAAGACAUUGUUGAGCAGAAGGACAAAAGGGAAGAAAGCAACAAGCUGGAGAGAAGGAACUCAGACAGCUCCUCAGGGGUGCUGGGAGAAGGUGUGGAUGAACUAAAGCCCUGUUUUUGGAAGCGACUGGGUUGGUCUGAACCUUCCAGGAUAAUUGUGCUGGAUCAGAGCGACUUGUCAGAGUGACUGGAACUGGAUCGGAGGCGGUUCCAGCCUGAGUUCAGGUGUUGUGGCUUGUGGCCUCCUUUCUUCUUUUGUCUGCAUCAGUUGCCUCGAGGACAGUGAUUCCAGUUCUGUAACUCACACUUUGUUCUGCUGCUACUGUGGGCACAAUAAUGUGGCCCCAUAAUGUGGAGCAUGCUUAAUCAUUUGUUUUGAAUCAGGUUUCUGAAAAGUGCAAGGUGACCAUAAUGGCAAACAUCUUAUUGUGUUCAGAAUGGCUUUUGAUUUUAUUGAUGUAAGUUUUUGAAACGAAUUUUGUUACAUAAUAAAAUGUUUAC